AUGGAUCCGCCAGAGGGUAGCGUAAACGACGCGAUGAAUGCUGAGAUUGAUCGCCAGAUCAACGAAGCGGUCAACGCAAGCGUCCGUCCUCUUCAGGACCAGAUGGCCCAGCAGACGGCCCAGAUGACGCAGCUCUUAACAGCUCUGAAUAGGCUUAUGUCAACGGAUAGAGCAACCCCUACGCCGCUUGCGAGCAGCGUAACGACCCCGUCCACAGCUGAUACAACUAUACAGGCAACGAGCGACGGCGAAGAAGAACCAGAUCGAGUAAGGGAGAUCAGAGCUGCGCGUCUCCUUCCAGGAGCUCCUUUCACUGCACUCUAUAGGAGAGCACAACAAGACACCAAACGAACUGCAGGAUACGAAGUCCAAGCCAUCAGCCUAGCAGAUAUACAGAAGGCCCUUACGAAGAAGACUGAGAAGGCAGAUCUAAAGGCCCUCCUUCCGCCAGCUAUACUAGCUGAGUUCCACAAGCUGUUCCAACCUAACGAAGCCGCCAACCUUCCACCACAUCGUCCUGGGGUCGACCAUAAGAUCCCUAUCAAACAGGAUAGUAGUGGCUUUAUCCGCGCCAGCAGCUCAGAGGCAUCAGCACCAGUACUGUUCGUACGUAAACCAGGGGGAGGGAUACGCUUUUGUGUUGACUACCGCGCCCUUAAUAAACUCACUAAGCGCGACCGAUACCCUCUCCCCUUAAUCCAAGAGACACUACGCACUGUUAGUGCUGCUAAGUGGUUCACAAAACUGGAUGUGGUUGCAGCGUUCCAUAAGAUACAAAUUGCUGAAGGAGAGGAGCAUAAGACGGCCUUCAGGACAAGAUAUAGGCUAUUCGAAUGGCUAGUUGUACCCUUUGGGCUUAUAGGAGCCCCCGCUACAUUUCAACGAUAUAUCAACAGAGUGCUUCGAGAGUACCUAGACGAUUUCGCUACAGCAUAUAUGGACGACAUACUGAUCUACUCAAACAGCUCACGGCAAGACCAUAAAGCAAAGGUUGAGCUAGUACUACAGAAGCUUGCUCUUGCAGGGCUCCAGCUAGACCCUUAUAAGUGUGCGUUCUCUGUGAAGACAGUCAAGUACCUAGGGUUCAUUAUCACCGCAGGAGCUGCGCCAAAGACGGUUAAGGGAGUUAGAAGCUUCCUAGGGUUUGCAAACUACUAUCGGAUCUUCAUCCCAGCAUACUCAGAGAUUGCUGGACCCCUUAUAUCUCUUACAAAGAAGGGCGUCCUAUUCCACUGGGGUAAAGAGCAGGAAGUAGCAUUCCAGAAGCUUAAGAGGAUCUUUGCAGCUAAGCCUAUCCUACAUCAACUAGACCCUAAGCAUACAACCUACGUUGAUGUUACGGUCAGCUAUCCGACAGUAGGGUCUGCUAACAGAAGCUGGGGAUUGAUACGUUCUAACAGUACACUGGGUCGUGGUCGCUUCGCCCUUAGAGGAGUACUGUCACAAGAAGAUAAGCAUAGGAGACGUCACGCAGUAGCAUACCACUCGCAGCAGCUGAAUGCCGCCCAGUUCAACUACCUAAUCCACGAUAAGGAGAUGCUAGCUAUUAUUAGCUGCCUACGAGCAUGGAGAGCGGAACUACAGAGCGUCAAUAAGUUCAAGGUUCUAUCUGAUCAUAAGAACCUGAAGUACUUCAUGACAAAGCAGAGGCUCACAGAACGACAAAGCCGAUAG